AUGAUUCUCCUUAGUAAAAAUAAUGUGAAAGGAUUUCUUAAUUACUGCAAUACAAAAUGUUAUAAUUCGUUAAUUAAUAAAAAUGAUAAUAUAUUCAAAAAAAAUGUCUUUAAGAAUAACAUCUAUUAUGUCAAAAAAGCUUCAAGUGUUUUCAAGGAAUUAAUAAAAGAAUCAUUUAAUAAAUUCAAGCAAGAAUAUUUAAAUAAUAAAACACCAAAUAUAAAUAAAGCAUUAAAAUUCUGUGAAAAUAGUAACAUGAUAUUUACAGAAAGUUUAUAUAAAGAAAUUUUAAUGUGCAUGAAUGUUUUGCAUUAUAAAGAUCAAGAAGUAGACAAUGAAUUAAAUUACUUACAUGAAUAUUUUAAAAGUAAAAAAAGUGAUAUAGACCCUUUCACUUUAUGUGAAAACAAAAUAAAAAUAGUUGAUGAAUAUAUAUAUAACAUUAUUAAGACAAAUUAUUCAAAUAUUGAUGAAUUUACAUCAUAUAUUUAUUUAUGUAAGGGAAAAAAAUUUCGAAUAAUUUCAGGUAUUUUUUUGAAGAACAUACUAUCAUAUGUUGAUAAUAUGUUGACAAAAAGUAAUUUAAAGUAUCAAAAUCUUCUGAAAAAUAAAGCCAAAUCACCUAUAAAUAAAAGUCUCAUAUCAAAAAGAAGAGCACUAAUGAAUUCAGGAAAUCGUAUCUCAAAAGAACAAAUUGAUGAAAACCAAUAUAAAAUUAUUGCAGCUGCAGAAAUAAUUCAUAUGGGAUCACUUUUACAUGAUGAUGUAAUUGAUGAAUCAUCUCAAAGAAGAGGAAUUUUAUCAUUACAUAAAAAAUAUGGAAAUAAAGUAUCAAUUUUAUCAGGAGAUUUUUUGAUAGCUAGAGCAGGUUCAGUUUUUGCAGAUACAAAUAUCCCUAAUAUAUGCAAAAGAUUCGCUUGUGUAAUAGAAAGUUUAAUAAAAGGAGAAUUUUUACAAACAAAUUUAAGAUUUGAUAAUAUAGAAGAUGCAUUUAAGAUAUAUUUAAUUAAAUCAUAUCAUAAAACAGCAUCCUUAUUUUCUCACCUUUUUGCUAGUAUAGCAGUCCUUUCCUUUAAAAAUGAAAAAAUUAUUCAAUUAUGUUUUAAUUUAGGUCUUCAUAUAGGUAUGGCUUUUCAAUUAUACGAUGAUUAUUUAGAUUACAAAAUAGACAAUAAUUCUAAAAAACCUAUAUUGGAUGACGUAAAAAAUAAUAUAAAAACUGCUCCUUUAUUUUUCUCUUAUAAUUAUAAUCCAGAUGUUAUAUUAUCAUUAAUUAACAAAAAGUCAUUUUCCGAUAAUGAUAUUAACAAUAUUUUAACAUACAUUAAAAGUACUAAUAGUAUGAAAAAGAAUGAAUUGUGUUCUCUAUUACACAUAAAGAAAGCAUUUGACAUCUUAUCAUUAUUAGUUUCUAAUUGUAAAACUAUGAACAUUAAUGAAAAAAAAAAGAUAAAUGAAUAUGAGGAAGGUUUAAUUAAUAUAAUUUUAAAUGUACUAUCCAGAAGUAUUAAAUAA